CGAAAGUCGUAUUUCAAGUUCAGUGCAGUGAAGUUCGGUCCAGGUAGUGAGAUUAGCCAACAAGCCAUAAUUGCCAAGUGGGAAUUGAAUAAAGUCGAGUAAGAAGCUGUCGGUUGAUGAGCAAAGAGAAAGAUAAAUCAGUUCGUCCGUACUCCUAGAAAAAUAUGCGCGUUCGACGGAGAAGACGUAACGACGGCUAAUCAGGCCGUAUAUAAUGUGGCUUGGCAAGUUUAUACUUUUGCUGUGGCUGCUGGUGUCGCGUUGCCAAGUCCUGCACGGCCGUGGUGGAAAUGUCUCGUCGCCAGGAAGAACGCGAGCACGAGGCUUGGUCGUCACCACGACCAUCUUCGUCGACGAGAGCAGUCGCGAGCGCCGCGAUGCCGCGAGAAGUCGCGACCUCAACAGUAUUCCACCCUCGGCCUUCAUUUUCAUCAAGCCGAGCAAGUACAACUCCGCGCAAAAGCAAACCACCGUCUACAGCCACCGGCGCAAGUGCACUUUGAGAUGCGUUCUCGUGCUCGAGGAGCAAGAGCCAUUUCGAGCCAGACCAUGUCCCGGCAGCAUGCCACCCAAGUAUCAGUACAGAGCGCCGCCAAUACAGUGGCCACCUCGAAAAACUGUGUGCGGAUGUCAUCCUCUAGGAUCAAUAUCAUCUUCUUGCGAUCUUGUUAACGGCCAGUGUCAAUGUAAAACAAACGUGAUUGGCAGACAAUGUGAUAAAUGCUUACCGGAUCAUUGGGGCCUUGGUACAGGAGCCGGUUGCGUGAGCUGCGAUUGUGACUCAGUGGGCUCGCACAAUAAUUCCUGCCACGACGCCGACGGUCAAUGCCAAUGCAAACGCGGCGUCGGCGGACCUCGCUGCGACUCUUGCCUUCCGGGAUAUUAUGGAUUCUCCCGCAGCGGAUGUCAACCAUGCGAGCCUUGUACGCGUGCCGGUCACAUCUGCGACCAGGCGAGCGGUCGUUGCUCGUGUCCACACUUGAGUUACGGCGAACGCUGCGACCGAUGUCGUCCAGGCAGUUACGACCUUCGGCCAGGUCUAGGAUGCCGUGCUUGCGGCUGCAGCGCCGCGGGCUCUUUCAAGCAGCAGUGUAGUCCUGCGGAUGGUCAAUGCCCUUGCCGAGAAGGAUUCACCGGGCGGAGCUGUGACAAAUGUGCAUUUGGAUAUUACGACUAUCCGCGGUGUCGGCCCUGCAAUUGCGAUCCUCACGGCUCGCUCGGGCAGUGCGACGAGAGUGGACAGUGUCCUUGCAAGCCAAACGCGGUCGGUCGUCGCUGCGAUGAAUGCCGAGAGGGUACGUUUGGAUUGUCAUCGGAGAACCCUUUGGGUUGCACCGAGUGCUUCUGCUUCGGCAGGACGAGUGAGUGCCGACAGGCGAGCUUGAGUUGGGGACAACGCCGAUUACCAAGGCCUCGGGUCCUCUACGUCAACGAUACCGUUAACGAAGUCGUUGUUACAAAUUACGGAUCAUCAAUUGUACUGCCAUAUUUCAAUAGCGGAUUGAAUAAAACGAAUACUCUGUACGCGAUACCUGGCAUCGACGGGGACGUGACGCUGCCUAUGAAUUUCUAUCGCGAGUUUCCAGUUUAUUGGCAACUACCAGAUACCUUUCUCAGAGACAAGGUUGCAUCAUACGGGGGAUUCCUUCGAUUCACCACAAUAACCGAGGGUGGAUACGUGUUGCGAUCAGGACACAAGUUUCCGCUCGUUCAAUUGCAAGGCAACGGACUUAUAUUAGAGUAUUUCCCGCCAAAUUCAAAUAACGAUAGUUGUUACGUUAUAAGAUUCCACGAAUCAUUCUGGCAGUUCAGAAACAGACCAGACGUCAAAGUUACCAGGGAAAUCCUAAUGAUAGCUCUACAAAACGUGCAGCACAUCCUCGUCAAAGCCUCGGACUUUACGGACUUUUCGCGAGCGACAUUGUUAGAGGCGUCUAUGGACGCAGCGGUGCUAAUGGCAACGCACUCGCCGCCCUUGGCGAUCGGCGUCGAGCAGUGCAGCUGCCCCGGCGAAUACAACGGCACUUCUUGCCAAGACGCCAGCCGGGGCUACUACAGGUGGCACGAGACGAAUGUCAGCGUCACCACGACGACGACCAGCUAUAUCGAGCUGGUGGGCCGAGCGAGAAGCUGUCACUGUAGCGGCAGGUCCGAAAUCUGCGAUCGCGAAACCGGAUACUGCCUGGACUGCAGAGACAACACGUCGGGGCCACGGUGCGACGCGUGCGCGGAGAGUUUCUACGGCGACGCCGAUUACGGCGGAUGCAAGGCGUGCCCGUGUCCACAAACCGACAAGAAGUUCUCCAACACUUGCAUCGUGCGGCCCGACAACGAGGUCGUUUGCGUCUGCAAGCCAGGGUACGCCGGUUCGCGCUGCGAGCGCUGCUCGUACGGCCACUACGGCUACCCGAGCACACCGGGAGGCAGCUGCACGCCGUGCCGCUGCAACGCCGCGGGCAGCGCCAGCGACGAGUGCGACAUCGAGACCGGCCAGUGCAACUGCCGGCCCGGCUCCACUGGGCGCGAUUGCUCGCAGUGCACCCAGGAGCGACACGUUUUCAUCGGACAAUUCUGCCAGUCGUGCAAUGACAACUGCACUGGUCUGCUCUUGGACGAGUUGGAUAACUUGAAAUUCGAUCUGAUAAACGCAACCACGCACAUCUCCACCGGUUACAUCGCGCCGCCGUGGGAGGAGUUGGCCUACAUGGACGACAACAUUACAAUUUUAUUUAACGAAUUGGAGUCCAAGAGGGAUAUCGAGCAAAGAGUUCAACACUUGCCACGAGAGCAUUACAAACGUUUAGCUAAACAGGCAGAAACCAUGCUCAGAAGUGCCAUUGAACAAGCAAACGAUGCAAGAAUUUUGAAGUCUCAAAGUGGUGACAUUGAAAAUAACGUUUACAGUUUGAAAAUGGAACUUGAAAGUUUAAGAAAGGAACUCAAUGGCACUGUAAUGGAACUUUCCUCUUACGAGAAUGAUCACAAAAAAGUUGAAAUUAAUAAGAUUUUGAAGGAAGCUAAAAGAAUUUUAGGUGAAAUAAAACAAAUUGAUAUUCCAAAACAAACGAGAACGUUCGAAAUUUUGAUAAGAGAAUGCACAGAUUCGAUCAAAUGGCUGGAUGAAUUGCUUUUAUCAAUGGAACCUUUAGAACAGUGCAAAGGAGAAGCCGACAAAUUUUCUCAGAAAUUGAACGAUUUGAUGAAAAUUAUGGAAAACACAAUGGAAACCAUGUAUUCUUACGAUACUUUGUACAACGAGGUGAAUUCUACUUAUGAAAUGUUAGCCUAUCAUCAAAAUGAUAUCAACCAUGAACAUUCAGAGAUCAAUAGUGCUGUGGAGGAAGGAAAAACUUUGAUCGAUAAAGCGAAAGGUUGUAUCCUUGAUAGUGAAAAUAAUUUACAGAACAUUCCAGAUAUGAAAGAAAUAUUACUGCAAGCUACGAAUGAGCUCGCUACUAAAGAAAAAAUUCUGUACCGACUGAAUUACGAAUACAAACAUAAAUAUGUUCUUCCGGCAAUAUUCCACGCCCAAAAUCUCUCCGAUUACGUAGAUCAAUACGUAUCAUUAUUUUUUGAAACGAGAGCUCAAGCAGCCAACCCUUUGAAAGCUAGUCAAGCUUACAAAAAUAUAGUGGACGGUUUAACCGAAGCAAGAGACUCUGCCGAAGAUGCUAACGUGAUUCUCGACAAUGUCAAUAAAGAAGUAUUUCCUAACGGAGCCGAUUCGGAAUCACUGUUGGACAAAACCUUGGCCAUUGGUUUAAAAUCCGGCGAGCAGUUAGAACGAACAAAAAACCAUAGUGGAUUUAUCGUGAGUGCGAGAGAUCAACUAGAAGAUCAGAAACAAGCUGUUGCGGAUUUGAAAGAUUCAUUAAACAGUACCGGUAACAAAGAUAAUCAAAUAAACGUUAAGCUUCGGGAGUUACAGAGUGAUAGUCGAAAAUUGGAAGAGAGAAUACAUACUAUAUUGCAAGAAAAUGCAGCAACGGCGAGUUCCAUUUCCGAAACAAGACAAUUGAUCGAAGACUAUCAGCAAGGCAUCGCCGAGAUUUUGAAUCCUCAAUUAUCGGAACUGAAACGCGAAGGAGAUUCUAGAAUAAGCCUUGCCAGUGAGAAACUUGCGGAAGCACAAAGUAACAUCAAACGAGCAGAUGCCAAGUUAACAAGCUUAGCCACAGCUUCGGUGAAACGACAAGUGGAGUUUGAUAAAUGGAAUGGAACUCUCGCUGCAAAACUACAAAUUCUCAAGAACAAAAUUGCUGAAGCAAGAAAUACUGCCGAUGGAAUUCGAAUUUCCCUAAAGUCUGCAGAAGGCAAACGGUGUACAAGAUCAUAUAGACCGAAGCAUAUGCAACCGUCAUCUACUACAUCUAUAGUGAUGACACUUGCCAUUCCUCAUUACCAAAGAGAAGGUUUAUUAUUUUACCUUCCAAGUAGUACAAACGAUGAUUUCGUAGCUCUCGAAAUGUAUAAUCGUAAGAUAAGGUUCGUAUGGAACGUCGGGGGUGGUACUGGCGUAGUCACCCAUCCUGAAAUCCUGGAUGCAGGAAAUCCUAAUAACGAGACAUUGUGGUAUCGCAUCGAAGCCGAAAGGAUAAGAAACUUAGGAAAACUAACAGUGAGCAAGCAGGUUGCAAGGUUUAGCAAGGUCCAAUCUGUAAUCAAUGCAACGAGUCCCGAGUUUGGACGAUUUGACGUUACGAUGGUGGAUCGAGUAUGGUUAGGUGGACUACCCGAACUACAAUUGAAGCCACCAGAACUUUUGUCGUCGAGCGGUUUACCAGGUUGUGUGCACCAGGUCAUAUUGGAUAAUCAACCCAUCGGCCUGUGGAACUUUAUUACCAAUUCACCUGACGAUUCAUGUCAACCAUGUGUCGAAGGAUUUGAAAAGUUAUCAAGCGACGUGACCUACAGUUUCAAUGGUGAAGGUUACGCGGUGAGGAGUCGUGUGAUGUCUGGUCCCUACAAUAGAUACAUUUUCGGCGUUUCUAUAAACUUUAGGACAUUCGAUGAAAAUGCCUUACUUUUCUUAGCAAUCGAUCCGAUCCGUCCAAAUGGGCAUAUAAUAAUAUUCUUACGAGAUGGACAUGUUGUAAUGCAAAUAAUAUACGGCGGUAACGUGAGCUUGGAAAUGUCCUCUACGUUCCGUUAUAACAACGGCAAUUGGACGAAAGUGGAUGCUUUCCGACAAUACCAACAACGGAAAAAUAUCGAAAAGUGCAGUUUCAGUGUCGACGGCGAGAACGACAAGAAGAUCGGUGCACCCACGCCACAGCCUCGAAAGGAGGAUAUACCCGACUUAUCAAAUGCCAAGUACUUCAUUGGUGGUGUACCACCUAGUUUCCAAGUGGAAGGACUUGAUUUACCAACUCGUGUAUCGUUCCUUGGAUGUAUGUCCAAUAUUUUCGUGCAGGAGGGUUACGAUCCUAUGGCUGAACACUACUACGGAGUUGAUAAUGGUUGUCGAAAUAAGCCAUUGUCGAUCGUAGGUCUAUACGGGGACGGAUACUUAGAGAUGCCAGGCCUCGAGCUUCGUAAAAUAUCGUCAUCUAUUGGAUUUUCAUUUAGAACGUUACAAAGCAAUGCCAUGCUAUUGCUUUCAACCUUCCAGGGACCUGAAGAGAGACUUUUUGGCAUUCCUGAUCAAGAGUCUGAACUAAUUAAGGAUAAUUAUUAUUCUGUAGCUGUGAUCGAAGGCCGCGUAGUAGUUUAUCUGAAUGCUGGCAAAGGCGAAACUGUACUUCAAUCGAACGGCACGUUUAACGACGGAAAGUAUCAUACAAUUAUGCUAACGAAGAAGCGGAAAGACGUUGAGUUGUGGAUAGAUGACGUUUAUCAAGCUAGUGAUAAAAUGACGACCGGUGCAGCAAUCAGAUCUCCUAAAUCAGGUGGCCUGUACUUUGGCGGUCUGCCUAGUUUGAUCAACAAAACCAAACUAAUUGCAACCAACGUUCCUUUAAAAGGCGCUAUUAAAGACGUUAUUUACAAUGACCAGAAAAUAGUGAAAUUUGAAGAUGCUGUAAUAUUUGAACACGCUUACAUUGGACGACCGGGUCCGAAUAUGGGUAAAGAUCCACCGGCAUCUUCACUGUCCGCUUCAUUGUCUAGAGGCCUAUCAACUCAACCCGAGGGUUGCCAAAAGAUUCCGUACUACUCGUUGGAACCGGGCGCGUUGAAAUUUGGCGACAAACCUCAAAGUCACACUCAGCUCUAUCUCAACUUCGAGAACUUCUGGCUUCAAAAGAAAACUAUUGAGUUCGAUUUUCGAACUUAUUAUCCUAAUGGCUUACUUUUCAUUACUCCCGGUAUCAGAUUAAAGAACUAUUUAUCAGUAACAAUCAAGGACGGUCAACUAUUACUCACGAUCAAGAGCAAGCAGAAGAAAGAAAUUCUUUUCAAAACACCAUUCAACGACGGAAAUUGGCAUCACGUUACUAUAGGCCACAGCGGCAGAAAAUUAACAAUGAUCGUCGACACGCAAGCUCCAAUGUUCAUCAAAGUGCCGAAAAAGAUUGGAUUAACGAAUGUUAUGUACAUAGGAGGAACACCUGAGAGCGGAACACCACUACCCGAACAAGUAGUUGUCAAGCUUCAAAUACUCAAGGGCUGCAUCAGAGGCUUGAAGGUCAACGGCAAUGUCUACGAUAUGGUCGGAUCGACUAGCCGCCCUUACAACGUUGGCCAAUGUUUCCCAAAUGUCGAGAGUGGUGCUUACUUCCAAGAUGAAGCUUACGCCGUAUAUAAAAAAGAUUUUGAAUUAGGCGCUUUCCUGGAGUUACAACUGGAAUUCCGGACAUCGGAAAUAACCGGUGUACUUCUUUCAAUAACUGGCCCAGAAGGCUCGCCUUCUUUAUCGUUAGAAUUACACAAUGGCAAAGUGGUUAUGUCUAGUAACUUCGGAUUUAAUCAAGUGCUUCGUGUUGAACAAGAGUUCAAUAAUCCUUACACAGUGUGCGACAACAGGUGGCAUAAGAUUCAAGCGAUUUACAAAGAUGACGAGUUGUUCCUCAAAGUUGACGAUUUAGAUCAAAAGUACGGUUUACCGGAUAAUGUUAAUGGACAUUUCAUGGGAUCGUCCAUUACUAAUACUAUUUACAUCGGAGGAAUACCCGCUUCAGCUCUCAAAGGCACACUCAUGACUAGAGAUCAUUUCAAUGGAUGUAUUCGAAACGUCAUGAUUGGCGGUGAAAGGCGAGAUUGGACGGACAUGGCAGAGCUAUACAAUAUUCAUCUAAACUCUUGUCCUUUACAAUGAAAAAAUGAUAUAGCUCUAAGCGAUGUAUAAUUUAUUACUUCAUCGAGCAAAUCCAAAGACGGCGAAUUAAGGUUGCGCUCGAAAAAUGCUUUUGUCGAUUUCUGUUAUCUGCAUUGAAAAUGUGUCAAAACGGAAGAGCUAUAUGCUUCUUAGUAAACAGUUACUGUUACUUUAAUUUUGAUGCGUUGUAUAAAAUAUGUUUUAUACGAUUUUUUAAAGACUUAUCGAAGCCAAAAGAUGCUAAUUGAUAAUGUUUAUUAGUCGAGCUUAAAACACUUGAUACUUAAUUCAACCGCGGCAACGGAAAUGCAAGUCAAGCAAAGACAUUUUUCUUAUGUCAGUAGAAUCGCGUAGAUUUUAAUGUUUAUAGCUAUAUAUACUUUUUGUGUAAGUAGUUUAAGCUACACUGCCAUAUUAAAUUAUGACAAUUAAACAAAAGGCAGAUUUUUGUAUGUACAUCAGUAUUUAAUAUUAUUUAUUCUUGGUAAUAUAAUUUAUACUGACGUUUAAACAAGAGUCUAGAGUAAUAGCAAAGAGACGUUAUGUUUUAUACUUUAGCCUUAUAAUAAUAAAGAGUUUACGUGUUUUAAUUUUAAGUAAUUAUGUAAAGAAAAGAAUAUUCCAACAAUGAUUGGAAUUGUGUAUGUAUUAAAUAUAGUUAUAGCAUCGAAAAACGAUUUGGAGUUCUGUAAUUACACAGUCAAUAAAUUCAAUUAAUGUGCUAAAAUAAAAAUAA